AUGAACUAACAAAGAUGUCCCAAUAAGUAGCACAAUUUAUACAGGCAUCAAGCUAUAAGAUAUAAAGACGACACUAUCAUAGAUUCCACACACACUAAAUCAUAAACUUCAGAUUAGAGUAUUGAAUUCUGAAUAAUUUGAGAAAUGUCAAAGAUCUCUGAAAUCAAAGUUGUAAAUGAUUUUUCAGUAGAUUCAUAAUGUUUAGAUCGCAGCAGUAUUUUGGAACAAUCAUUGGAGAAUGAUUUACGUUAAUGGCAAUAAGCCUACAAGAUAGAUAAUUUGAUUGUCUAAAAAUUAGAAAAAGGUUUGCUUUAUGAAUAUGACUAGAUAUAAAGGAUAUUGAUAAUUAGAUAGUUUAGAUAGCAACUCAAUUUGAUGUUUGCAUGAACUUACAGUAAAAAACUGAAGCAAAAUUUAAAGAGUUUUAACAACUUAUGAAAGGCACCUAAUUCAUCAAAUUUUCACGUUCUAAUUGCAAGAAAUGGGAUUAGAGAAUGAUAUUUUAUUGUUCAUUCUUAGACUCAAUUUGUUGGAAGUCCAAAACUUCAAAAUUUCCAUCAGCCAAAUAAACUAUUCCCAUAGAUUAGAUCAUAUAGAUUCAUACAAAUUACAAUAAGUAGCAAAUUAUCUUUAAUUUAGAUAUAAAUUGAUUAAGAAGAAUUUUGUACUGCCCCCAAAUGCAGAAUAGGAUUGUUUCUUAGCAAUUGAAGCGAAGAAUGGAAUUCGAUUAGAAUUAUUGGCAGAAAACAAAGAGGACUAAUUUUUGUAUGCUAAAAUUUUAAAUCUACUGAUAAACAAAGAGAGAUGUGUUAAAAACUAAAAUCAAUACAUAAUUGAAUAAUAUAGUGUGGAUAUUAAUCUAAUUAGAAAAGUAUUAUUUAUAAAUAAAUACAACUAGAAUUUGGAAGGAUCUAAAAAGAACUUCUUAGAAACUAUAGACAAGUUACAGCAAAGUUUUAUUUCAACUACUUCUACACUUUUGAAAUAGGAGAAAGAGAAAACAAAGACAAUUAAGAAAAAGUCUUAGCAUUAUGUGUUUUAAAGUAAACUUUAAUUGGAGGAUAUUAACAAGGAAAAUAAAAUAUAGAAGAAACAAAUAAAAGAAUUGUAGUUGGAAAAUGAUUAUUUGGAAAGCAGAAUAGAAUAAUUAUAAGAAUAUUACACUUAAAGAUAGUUAUAAAUAAAGAAUUCAACUAAUCCUCAGUAGGUUCAGUUAUAUCAAAUAAUAAAGGAUAUAAUCGGAAUGAAUGGGGAUCAAAGCAUUCAUAAUGAAUCACAAUAUGAAUAUCAACCUUAAGAUUAUCAUGAAGAAAACGUUAAAAAUUUACAGAAGCUUUCUGCUCUAUAUGAUCGAUAACAGAGUACUGAAAUAGAAUUAAGACAAUAUCUUAAGGAGUUGCAAGAGGAGAAAUCUUAAAUAGCCACUCAAUUAUAAUAAUCCUAAUUUGAUUUACAUGAAUAGGAAAUGUAUAUCAUUGAAUUAGAGAAUAUAAACAAUCUCUUAUAAACUAAAUUAUAGGAUGUGAACUAAGUGUUAGAAUUCAAAGAGCAGCAGUUUUCUAAUUUAGUUUAGGAUAUGCAAAAAUUACAACAAGAAAUCCCUAAAUUGAUGAAUAACAAUCAUUAAUCAUCUGUAAACACUGAAACCAGAAGACUUUAAACUGAGAAUGAUAAAUUGAAAGAUACUAUUCAAAAUAAAAUAAGGGAGUUAAAAAAGUAAACACUUAUUGCUAUAUUUUAAUAGUUAAAUGAUGAAAGAAGAAUAAAAUUGGAUGAAUUUCUUUGUUCAAAUAAUCUCCUACAUUUGUUAUCACAUUGCUCCAGAUGACUUAUCAUCUGAUAUUAAUAUUACUAUUCAAGGACUCUAUUAUAAGUUGUGUGAUAAGGCCUAUGGAGAGUCAUAAACCUAGUUGGAUAAUUUGAUGAACUUAAUUAAGUAGAAAGCAAGUUUCUUUUAAAAAUAAUACAAAGAGUAGUUUGAAUAAAUGUUUAAGGAUCAGUAAGCAAUAUUGUGUAGUUUGGCAUCAAGUAUCUAUUAGAUUUAAUUUAUAGGAUUGCCAUCUCCAAAAACUACGAAUUCAAGAUAAUCUUCUCAUUAAACAUUACAUUUAGACAAGACAUUUUAGUCUCCGAGUCGGGUUUUUGUGAAAAAUAAGGCUAAAUUAACUAAGGAUAAUCAUCCCUUGGAUUCCAUUUAAAUAUAAUAUUUGACUUAAUUAAUUAAAUGA